GAUGGCAGCUGUCAGAAGACUCCAUGUGUAUUGCGGCACGUUUCAAGUUUUAAACAGUCAUCUUCAACUAAUCUACAAAAGACGAGGGGAAUAUUUCUCCGAAGGCGAGUUUCGAUGUUGGUCAACUUGAGUUGAUUUUUAAUUUGAUCUUCACGUGAAGGAGGGAAUUUUCAGUUCCGACUUCUUGAAAAUGAAAAUGUUUAUCUGAAUCAAGCCAUCAUGGCAGAAUCAGAAGACACGAAAGUGAAAUCUAUACAUUCUGACACUGGGGUCAAUGUUAUCUUUGUAAACAAAACACAGAGACGUGUUGAUUUGUUUUGGAUUGACUUCCAAGGCAGGUUGGUGAGAUACAAGCAGGGACUGAAGCCAGACAAGAAGCAUGCGAUAUACACGUAUGAGACACAUCCAUGGAUUGCCCGAGACGCAUGCACAGGCUCAUCUCUCCUCAUCAAGAAAGAUUUCAUCUACUCUCCUAAAGCAGAUCCUGACGUUCAAGUCCAGCAAAUUGUCAUCACAUUACCAGUGUUCAGGCUUAUUGACAGGUGUGUGGACUUAUUGCGCUUCUAUGGCAUCAGGCAUCAAGCAGAUUCCCUAAGCAUUCCAGUUAUACUCAUAAAGGAUCUCAAGAAGAAUCCUCACCUCCCGUGUCGUGAAUAUAAGGGUCAGUAGUUCCUAACAUCGCUGUCAGGGAUCGUCUGUCAUCACCUGGAGCCGCCAUGAAAAUUCGCCUGGAGCAGGCAUGAAGACUUCGAAAUUGCAUUUAGGACAAGUAAAAAUCCAAUGAUGGUAGUCCAGUCAUCUAAGUAGUGUUAGACGAGUCAUCUAAGGUUCAGAAACCUAUAAUCGUGGUUUCAAAUCCUGGUUCACGGUUAGGUUUCUUGGUUUGUCAGCACCAUACCCGUGCUUGUGUAAUACCACAGUGGCAAACCUCUAAGACUUGCAUCACUUGGCGCUUUCCUCCCACAUGAGACCACCUCCGUGGUCUAGUGGUAGAGCGUCUGCCUGGAGAGCGAAAGGUCCGGGGUUCGA